AUGACAAAUUUAGAGGACUUCGAAACCACUGAUUUACUCUCGGAACUUAAGCGCAGAUACAACUGCCUAGGAAAACCACAGGGCAAUUUCGUAUUCUUAGGACCGCCAGGAUCCGGGAAAGGAACUCAAUCACAUAUAUUGAAGAAUAGCCAUUGCUAUUGUCAUUUAUCAACUGGUGAUUUAUUUCGUGAAGCUAUUAAAUCCGGCACACCAACCGGCCUCAAGGCUAAAGAGUUUAUUGAUAAGGGUUUAUUGGUCCCUGAUGAAUUAACUUUAUCUCUGGUCCAAGAAAGAAUUAAUUCACCUAAAUGUCGACGUGGUUUCCUCCUCGAUGGUUAUCCAAGAUCAAUCUCACAAGCUAAAGAUUUGAACAAAUUGCUGAAAAGUGUUGGAAAGAAAUUGAAUGGUGUAUUUUCAUUUAACGUGUCAGACGAAGUGAUAGAGAAGAGAAUAGUAGGCCGUUUGGUACAUCCAGGCUCAAAUCGCGUAUACCAUAAGGUGUUUAACCCUCCGAAGGAAGAAGGUAAAGAUGACCUCACAGGAGAGCCGUUGAUAACACGUAAAGAUGACAGACCUGAGAUCAUUAAAAAGCGUUUAGAAGUCUAUAAAAAGGAAACCGCGCCACUGGUGGAUUACUAUAAUAACGAGAAUUUACUUCAUAGCGUAAACGCAAACAAUAAUGUUGAAUCCAUUACCAAAGAAGUGGAAAAAUUGGUACUUAAAACAUCCAAACUCUAA